GCGCGCAGGCGCGGUGGGCGGGGCCGGCGGCGCAGGCAUGGCGCACGGUCACGGGCGUUGCUGUUGCUGCAGCGGGGAAGCGGCGGCGGUCGGCGGGGAUGGCGGCGCGGCCUGGGGGCUUUACCUACGGAUCGACCGACAGCGGCUGCAAUGCCUUAACGAGCGUCGGGAGGGCAGCGGCGCUCUCGUCUUCCGCGCUUGGGAGGAGCGGGGUGACCGAGCCCAGUUCGUAGAAAGCGACGAUGAUGAGGAGCUUCUGUUCAAUAUCCCGUUUACGGGUAACGUGAAAUUAAAAGGAGUAAUUGUGAUGGGAGAAGAUGAUGGGACACAUCCAGCAGAGAUGAGACUGUUCAAGAACAUUCCUCACAUGUCCUUUGAUGACACAGCCAGGGAACCGGACCAGACGUUCAGCCUGAACCGGGAUCUGACGGGCGAGCUGGAGUACCCCACCAAAAUUGCCCGUUUCUCCAAUGUUUCCCACCUCUCCAUCCACUUCCCGAAGAACUUUGGAGCGGAGACAACAAAGAUUUUUUAUAUAGGCCUGAAAGGAGAGUGGACGGAGGCUCAUCGCCACGAAGUCACCAUCUGCAAUUACGAAGCAUCAGCAAACCCAGCUGAUCACAAGUUGGAACAAAUCACCCCACAGACUCACUUCAUCUCCUAACAGUGCUGUCGGGAAUCUCCCGAAGGCUCUGGUACAAGUGUAUGGAUGUGAUGGGCUGACUCGGACAGAAAUGGCUUCCUGAAGUACUUGGAGAGUGUUGGAUCAGCUUUACAUUUCGGUCUUUGCCUUGGAAAGCAGAGUGCCGAGCGUGUGCAAUGCCUGUACGAAGGUGGCCGCUGAGGGCGGCGGCGCGUUGGGUCCCGCAAGAAGGCAGCAGAUCUGCUCUCGUUAACGGGAGACUCGGUCUUUAGGCAGUGGCAAGCUCGUGUCUGGUAUUGUUUCCUUCUCUGACUGUCAAUAAAACACGCGCUGAGGUGCAGA